GCUACCCAGCGCUAAGAAGGGGCCGGGGCCUGUCCCCGCAGCCCUCGGGUCCCGGUGUGACUGCGCGGGGUUGCUGCCGGGUCGGGAAUAACGGCAAAACUGGGGGUGAAACCCGCUCCCCAGCGCCCUUCCGGGUCCUGUGGUGUUGUUCUAGAGGUUUCCCUUCCUUUAGGCUAAGACUAAGUUAAUUCGGUUAAUCCAUGAAGUUUUCGUGCUAAUGAAAUCACGGUGUAACUAAACAUCCUCAUCCUCUAUAAGAGCCGUGCAGCGCUCCAGGGUAAAUUCACGCUGCUGCGAGACACCAGAACAGAUGGCAGCUUCCUGGUGCACCAUUUCCUCUCCUUCUACCUCAGAGCUGGCUGUAAGGUUUGCUUCGUGGCCCUGCUCCAGUCCUUCAGUCACUAUAACAUCGUAGCACAGAAGCUGGAAAAAGCUUCCCUGGAUUUUUUGUGCCUGUGCUGGCUCUGCAGUACCGGCUUCACACUUUUCUGCAAAAUCUUGCUCUUUUCAUGAGGAUCUGCACUUAAGUUUAAGGGACAGUUAAUGUUAUCUGUCGUGAAGUUGGAGAGAACAUGCUGGGCUGUAGCAAGAGUAAUGGCACCAGGGCAGCUUGCCAGGGAGUCAGUCUGACGGCUGCCAGAGAGCGGGGACAGCUUGUCUUCUUGGAAGGCCUCAAGUCCUGCCUUGACCUCUUGUUUGGAGAGGAGUCGUCGGAGUUGGGACAACCCAGUCCUCUCCAGUUCCUAAGCGAGAGCGCUUCCAACCUCAAAGCCUUGUUUGACUUCGUCCAGACCUCCCUGACUCCCACCGACAGCGACUCCUGGAAGGGUCCUGUGCUGCUGGUGGACGACCUCAGCGUCCUGCUCAGCCUGGGCGCCGCGCCGGUGGCUGUGCUCGACUUCAUCCACUACUGCAGAGUCACCGUGUGCUCCCAGCUGAAGGGGAACAUCGUGGUGCUGGUUCACAGCAACGAGGAUUCAGAAGAUGAGGAAAACGACCUGGUUGUCAACUCCCUGUGUCAUCACAGUGACCUGAUCCUGUGGGUAGAGGGGCUGGCGACCGGCUUCUGCAAGGACGUUCAUGGGGAGAUCAAGAUAAUUAAGAGGGUGUCCUUGGAGCUGACGGCAGAGCAGGAUCACGUCCAAAUCUACCAGUAUAAGAUCCAGGAUAAGAAUGUCACCUUUUUUGCUAGAGGGCUGUCAGCUGCAGUCCUGUGACACUGCCCAGCGCUGAGAGCAACCCCGAGGCUGGUCCCUCUCAUCUGGACGUGCCACCAAACCAUCCUGGCUUGUGUCACCAGCCCCUUCCAGCCAACUGACCCAGGAGAGGAGCUUCAACGCGUGGUGAACCGCAUGCCAACGAUGGAGCCACAGCUUGCUCCAUCCCUUUGUCCUCCCACCCGAACGUAGGCAGGCCAAGAGGAAGAGCAAAAACGCGGUGGAAUGGCCCUUAAAAACAUGUAAAUACAAGCUGGGGAGGGGGGUUGGGGGGGUGCCCCGCGGGCUGGGAGCGCCUCACCUUCUCCUGUGUUACGGCAGGGCAGUGCCAGGCACUGCUGCUUGGUGGAAGGAUCAACCCCACCCUUGGAGGAGAUGACACAGAGCGGGUGGAGGCAGGGAUGGUCUGGCAGCGUGUUGCAAUCCUUACCUUUCUGCCAGCUCUGGCACAGAAGGGAUUUGCUCAACUGCCAACUUCCAGAGAA